AACACGGUCCAAAAAUCCCCAAUAAAAAUGUCAUCUUUAUUCGUUAGGGUUUCUCCAUCUCCACCUUUGCUUCUUCCAAUCUCUCUGUCCUAAACAAUUCCAUCCAAUCGAUUUUUUUAUUAUUUAUUAUUUCGAUGUGAUAAUGCCCUCGACGGAUUAUCAAGGAAGUUCGUCACCGUUGACAAAUCUCGGCCGUUCAUUUUUACCCCUGAGGAGGGACCAAGUUCACUCGAUGGAAUCUCCGAUCGGUGGAUCGCCGUCGAACGAGGCGGAGUUCGAGUCUUUCCAAAAGCAAGUAGCCGACCGAUUCCACGAUUUAGCUGAUGUUUCUUCCGAUGAAUUGCUUUCGCUGCCGUGGGUGCGGAAAUUGAUGGACGUUUUCCUUUGUUGUCAAGAGGAAUUUCGUGUCAUACUGUUUAACAACAAAGAUCUGGUGAAGAAACCUCCCAUGGAUCGUUUGAUCGCCGAUUAUAACGAGCGUACCGUGAAGGCGCUCGAUGUUUGUAAUGCUAUUCGCGAUGGGAUUGAACAGAUCAGGCAAUGGCAGAAGCUUAUAGAAAUCGUGCUUUGCGCUUUGGACGGUGAUAGUUAUAGUUAUCAGAGAAGUCUAGGUGAAGGGCAAUUCCGUCGAGCGAGGAAGGCAUUGGUUGAUUUAGCGAUUGCGAUGCUUGACGAGAAGGAUUCGGGUCAAGCCCUGGCUCAUAGGAACCGUUCAUUUGGUAGCCACAACAAUAGCAGCUCUUUGGGUCAUUUCAGGUCCUUGUCUUGGAGCGUUUCGAGGUCGUGGUCUGCCGCCAGGCAGCUACAGGCGAUCGGGAACAACUUGGCCGUGCCACGAGGGAAUGAGGUUUUGGCUACCAAUGGACUUGCAAUGCCCGUUUACACAAUGGGUAAUGUUUUGUUGUUUGUAAUGUGGGCGCUGGUGGCUGCAAUUCCAUGUCAAGAUCGUGGCUUGCAAGUUCAUUUUAAUUUCCCCAGGCAGUUCCCGUGGGCGGCUCCGAUUCUUUCGUUGCACGAGAGGAUAUUGGAGGAGUCUAAGAAGAGGGAUAGGAAAAAUGCUUGUGGACUAUUGAGAGAAAUUUAUCAAAUGGAGAAGUGUUCUCGGUUGUUGGGCGAAUUCGCCGAUUCCGUGCAGUUCCCUUUGGGUGAGGAAAAGGAAAAGGAAGUGAGGCAGAGAGUGAAUGAAUUGAAGCAGGUUUCGGAUGCCAUGAAAGAAGAUUUAGAACCCUUGGAAAAGCAGGUUAGGGAAGUGUUUCAUAGGAUUGUUCGUAGCAGAACCGAAGGGCUUGAUUCUUUAUGAAGGGGAAAGCAUGAGUGACAAAUCUGCAACUUCAUGAAGAAGAUGAAGAUGGAAAAGAAAUGAACAAGGAUUCGAGGCAUGCGCCUCAAAAAUUUAAAAAACGGUACGAAUGAAAACCAAAAAAGAGUCGAGAUUUGCUUGUACUUAUCACUAUAUAUCAGUGUAACCAGUGUAAAGAAAGCAGGAUAUGUAGUUGGAUCUCUUUGGUCCUGAUGCUGUGUUCAUCUUUGUGUUGUUAUAUUAUAAUCAAAUGUCUGAGUAAAUCUACAAUAUUGUUUAUAUAGUUGAUUUU